CACUGUGGGAGGGACUCAAGGUCAGCGGUGCUCUCUAGGCUCUUGCAGUCUCGGAGACUGAUCUAGAAUGGGGUGCUGGUGUGGUGGGCGGGGCUGGGGGCAGCCGUGCCCAAGCGGGGGGCUCCGCGACUCCCUGGAUUCGAGGGCUUUCUCCGCCCAGCAAUUGUUGCUUACCUGCAUUUGGAAUAAAGUGCAGGCUCCUUACCUCGCCCCAAGGUCCUUUAGGAACUGGCCCCUGCCCACCCUCCUUCACGGCCCUUCCUGGAUGCCCUUCGGUUCUGGAACGCUGCAGCCUGUUCUCCUCUGGUAGGCUUCACUGGUUCCUCCCUGAAUGGGCCAGACCUCAGUAUCCCUUAACUUGUGGGGCCUUUUCCACAUCUGUUGCUCUCCGCCAUCCUUGCGGCCCCUCCCAGUCGAAUGCAAGCUCUGUGAGGGCAGAGGCCUCAGAUGUCUCCUGCCUGGCUGGGUAUCUCCCAGCACUUAGCGCCUGCUCUGAGGUCCAUGAGAUUUGUGGAAUGGCUGGAAUUUAUGCCGAAGAACUUGGCCCUCAGCCUGAAAGUGAUAGGGCACAUCGAAGGGCAGGGAGGGCAGCCAUCAGAUGUGUGCUUUAGGAAGAAGAUGUUCGGCAGCUGUGUAGAUGUUGAUUUAGAGCAGGGUGUGCUGGGGACGGGUAGGAAGCCAGGCCAGUUACCUGGGAGAAUUCAUUUGUUUGCUUCUUUCUCUGUCUGCCUUUCUUUCUGUUUCCCUCCCUCCCUUCCUUCACACGAUAGAAAUUACUUCAUGCUCAUGUCAAACCCACUUGUCAGCAUGGACUGGGGGGUUUGCUCCACGCAGUCUCAGGGACCCGUGGACUGACCGAGACCCUGCUGUCCUCAGCACAUCGCUCUCAAGGCCAUUAUGGGUAUCAGGUUCUAGUGAGUAGAUGGAAGUAGAGGGUUGUACACGGGGUUUAUGGGCCAGGUCCAGAAGUAGUAGAAGUCAUCCCACCCAUGUCCCAUGGACUAGAAGCUGUCUCAUGACCCCACCUUGAUGCAGGGAAAUGUUGUCCCUGGGAAGCAGCUGCCCAGAAAUAUCCAGAUAAGAAUUUUCCAAAGCCUGAGGAAUGGCGUUGGAGUUUGAGGAAGGGGUGUAUUUGUGAGAGAUUGGGGAGAGUUUGGAGUUUCAGACAGUGUGGUGACAGGCAGUAAGGGAGAUGAUGACAUCCAGGUUCCUGCUCCCACCUUUGGGGGGUGGUAUUGCUGGCUGAGAGGGUCGGAAGGAUUUCAGUUUGAAGCUGCCCUGGAGGCGGCUCUCCAGGUUGAAGCUUGGGAAGAAGGCCAGGCCAACGUGCUGCGUGGGAGCUGUUGGCGGGGUGUGCGAGGUCCCUGGUGGAGCCUGAGGCCUGAAAAGAGGGCUGAGGGUGGCACCCUGGGGAAGUCAGCUGGUGAGAGACGAGCAGAGAGGGAGGAGCUGCCCUGAGAGGAAGGAGCCUGACAGAGAACUGUCGCGUGGGCAGGUGGCUGUGGGCGUAAUGACACCACCGAAGGCUCUUUGCAGUAUCCUCCUGUGGUAAAAUUACGGUGGAGCCCAGUUACCUGGUGAGCCCCCCAUAUUUGAGAAAAGAACGAUGGAAACGUGAUUCUCAGGCUAGUCCCCCCUCAUGUGGUAAAAUAAAGCGUGAUUCUCAGUGAGUCCCCCACAUGUGGUAAAAUAACGAUGGAAGCCCAAUUCUUAGGCGAGCCUCCCACAUUUGGGCCCAGAUUUUACUUGUCUUGGACAUCUAGAUGUCAGAAUUUACUGACCUAGAUGAUUCUGAGUUCUUCUUUCUGACCCAGGGAAUUUCUACAGUUUUCCUUCUCUGUUUCUGGCCACGUUAGGGUGAAUGAGUGUGGUUUGCUUGCCUUCUGUGCUUUCUGGUGACUCUGCUUGUCUUCCUGAGUCACGGGUCAGUUUUUACAGAAGUAGAUCAUCAGUCCUGCUCUUGUUCAUUGGUGGCAGGGCUGAUAAGGGUCCCAGGCCUCUUAGGAGGCAGUGGGGCACUUGGUCCAGAGUACAGUCCAUGAGCCAACCUGCUUGUUUUGAAUCCCUGCUUUGCUCCUGGCCAGUUGGGUGAUCUUGGGCAAGUUACUUUACAUCCAAACCUCAGUUUCCUCGUCUGUGAAAUACGCAUGAUGAUAUUGCCCAUCUCUUAGCUAGUUGUGAGGACGGAAUGGGUUAACUCGUAAAGCGUUUAGGCGAGUCCCUGGUACGUGGUAAUGCUCAGUAAGUAUUAGCAGUAGUCAUCAUCAUUGUAAUGAUUAAGUGUAUUUGGCUCUGGCAGCACCAAAGUUUUCGCCCCUCUGCCUAGAAUGUUCUUCCUGCCUCUCCUUGCCUGGCUUGUCCUCAGCCUUUCAGGAUUCAGCUUAGGCUUCCAGGAACCUUCCCCUGGCUUCCUCCCCACUUCUGGCCCCAGCCCACACUGGCCCAGGUGCCCCUUUCUCAGGCUGAUGUGCUCCCAGCACAGCUGGCCUUGCACUUUGACCCCACAUUGGAAUCACCUGUCUGCCGCAUCACUAGAUGAGAAAUGGGGAGCCAAGGAUGACGCCAGGGUUUCAGCCUGUGCCACUGGGAGGGGGAGACUCCCUUCACUGAGGUGGGGACAACCAGGGCUGCUUCUGAUAAGUUAUCCACAUAAACUGCUGGGUCGGUGCUCUGACGUGUCAUUGGACAGGUGUUUUGAGUGUAAAUGUAUUUCAGAGAUGUUGACCCAAAAGCCAAGCUCUUUUUCCUGCACUGCUUUUGUGAGUACUUAAUUUGCCUCAGAGCACCAUGUUCUCUAAUGGAAUUAAACUUGCCUUUGUCAGAGGCAAUCAGUGAGGGCGCUUUAAAACAACAAAGGAUUCUAAGAAGCCUGUAGUUUUUGGUGAAGAAAAAUUUAAAGUGGCCAGGAGUCCCCGGGGUUCCAGAAGUUGGGGGGAGGGGAUGAAGGCAGUUGGUUGUGAGAAUAACCCAGGUGCGCCUGGCUCCAUGGGCACCAUUUUCCCUGUGGGGCAUAGAGGUCCCCCCCAACCCCGCUCCUACGCCUUUCAGGCAAGGCUGCUUGCCCCACCAAGCGCUGAGGUGUCCUCAGACACAGGUCUUUCAGGUCUGAGUCAUGCAGAUGCUAUUUGCCUGGCACUUCCGGGUCUGUGACCCAGCUGGUCAUUUGAAGGCUUAUCUUUGAUCCUCAGGGCAUGGGGCCAGAGGCUGGGCACGGUGAGUGCCCAGCGGAGGCCCUUGCCCACAUUGCUCUGUGAUGGGUGACUGGUGAGCGGGGACUCUUCAUCUAGUGCCUGUGAGGGGCGCUGUCCUGGGACCUGGAGCUUGCUAGAUGCCAUCUUCUCCUCUGUAGCUGGGAAUUAUGAUUCCUCACGGCAUAGAUGUACUGGUUUUCCUGGUGCUUGUGAACAUCAGGAAGUGUUCUAGAAAAAUCCUCUUGAAGAGUGACUUUGCCAGCACUGCUUCUUUGCAGGAAGAGCUGCAGGAAUGGCCAUAGCCUGAAGACCCUGCACAACCAGGGCGUGCUGAGGUCCCAUGGCGUGGACCACCUCAGCUUCAGCGAGCUCUGCCAGCUCUUGUUCCAGAAUGACCCCUGGCUCCUGCCUGAAGUGAGUGCCAGCCGGGCUGGCUCUGUGUGAGGGAGGAGGGAGGAGCUGCCCUAGACUUAGACUAAAAUGCCUUGGUGAGCGGUUAAUGGCGAUGGCUGAACAACACGAACGUAAUUAAUGUCGCUGAACUGUACAUGUGGAGAUGGGAGAAAUGGCAACUGUUUUGUUACCUAUAUAUCUCCCCCCCACCCCCGACUCGCACACACACAAAGACACAAGGAAGCUGCUCUGGCCGGUUUGAAGCCCUUUGGACUUUCCCAGUGGAGGGUCUCGUUCCUGGCCGUCUGCCCUCCUCCCAGUUCCCACUUUAACCACAGGCACCUUGCAGCUGUGCAUCCAAAGUUAGUGACGUCCUCGUAGCCACGAGCUGCAUGGCCUGUGUGGCUGGAGGAAUGACAGCUCUGGCCUUGGGGCCUUCCCCAACCAGUGGCUGGUCGGUGGGGAGGAUGUGCCGUGCGGGGCCUCCCUCAGCCGGCCUCUCUGUCCUUCUCUCACCAGAUCUGCCUCCAUUACAACAAAGGAGACGGGCCGUACGGCUCCUGCACCUUCCAGACGCAGUGCAUCAAGCUCCACAUCUGCCAGUACUUCUUGCAGUGCGAGUGCAAGUUUGGCGCGAGCUGUAAGCGAUCCCACGACUUCUCUAGCCCGGAGACGCUGGUGAAGCUGAAGAAGCUGGGCAUGAGCCCCGACCUGGUGCGCAGGCUGCCUGCCAUUUACAGAAACGCGAACGACAUCAAGAAUCGGGGGUCCGCCCCGGACACUCCGCUCCCUCAGGCAACCUCUGAAAGAAGAAACAGUUCAGGUCCUGGGUCCCCAAAUGCUGCCAGCCAAGAGGAGAACGAUCAGAUCUGCUUGUACCACAUCUGGAAAAGUUGUAGCUUCCAAGGCAGGUGCCAGCGAGUCCAUUUCCAUCUGCCUUAUCGCUGGCAGUUCUUGUGUGAAGGAACGUGGAAGGAUUUGGACGAAAUGGAGCUUAUUGAAGAGGCGUACAGCAACCCCGGAAAAGACGGGGUCUCCUGCGCUGAGUCAGCUGAUAAACUUCUCGUUUACUGGCUGUGCUUUGACUCCAUGAAGUUUGGUGUCUUCCCGGCUCGCCGCCUCUCCACGGCCUCCUCAGUCACCAAGCCACCGUACUUCAUUCUCACCACCGAAUGGGUGUGGUACUGGACUGACCAGACCGGUACUUGGCAGGAAUAUGGAAAACAAGGCACACAGCACCCCGUGGCCACGGUCAGCAGCCCUGAGUUGGAGAAGGCCUACCUGGCAUACUGCACACCGGGCUCUGACGCCCAAGUGGCCACUCUGAAGUUCAAGGCCGGGAAGUAUAAGUAUGAGUUAGAUUUCAAAGCCUUUGUUCAGAAAAACCUGCACUCUAGUACAGUCAGAAAGGUUUGCCGGAGACCCAAAUACGUGUCCCCACAGGGCGUGAAGAUGAAGAAAACCUGCCAUGUCCAGUUUCAAGGCCCGAAGAGCGUCCCAAACCAUUGGGACCCUUCUGCCCUGCCGGAGCUGGGAUUUAUGAGGAUUGCCCUCAGCCCUUCCUCGGAGGAGUACCAGCAGGUCUACAAGCUCUUCAGCCGCACGCUGUCCUCCUACUUGAUCCAGAAGAUCGAGCGCGUGCAGAACCUGGCCCUCUGGGAAGUCUACCAGUGGCAGAAGGGUCAGAUGCAGAAGAGGCGCGGGGGCGAGGCGGUGGACGAGAGGCAGCUCUUCCACGGCACCAGUGACUGCUUCGUGGACGCCAUCUGCCAGCAGAACUUCGACUGGCGCAUCUGCGGGCUCCACGGCACCUCCUACGGGAAGGGGAGCUACUUCGCCCUCGACGCCGCCUACUCCCACCACUACAGCGAGGCCAGCGCGGAGACCCACAGGAUGUUCCUGGCCCGGGUGCUGGUGGGGGAGUUCGUCCGCGGCUGCAGCACCUACGUUCGCCCACCAGCCAAGGAGGGCCAGCGCGACGUCUUCUACGACAGCUGCGUGAACAGUGUGUCGAGCCCGACUGUCUUUGUGAUCUUCGAGAAGCACCAGGUCUACCCCGAGUACCUCAUCCAGUACACGAGCGGCGCCCAGCCUGCGGCCGCCACCCCUCUACCCCCGGCCUCCGACGUGGGCCGGCCGCGCAACGGCCUCUUCGGGUGGCUCAGCCGGCGCUGAGGCGGGCUGCCGGACGCAGGGGGUGGGGGAUGUGUUGUGUGUUUUGUUUUUUUUACAAAAAAGCUUUUAAUGAACUGUUUCUUCAAUGCUGACUUCUCGAUGAAGCCACAUUCUUAAUCCCUUGAUGAUACUUUUCACUUUUAAGUGUCCCCCAGUUGGGUUCUAGAGCAGCCUCGAAGUAGGCCUGUGGUUGCCUUUUAACAGUGUGUUUUAAAAUUUUUAUGUUUUACUCUCGUUGCUGACUUUGCUGCUCAUUGACACUGGCUACAGUUUUCUGGAAAUGGUUUUAACUUUUAGGAUUUUCUGUCUCUACUGUGAUUCUGGCUCUCCAUGGCAUCUACUUUGGUUUUUGUAGGACAGCACAUUUGCCACUGGACCCUGAGAACCUGGUGAGGCUGGGGUGGCACAGCCUGGCUGCCCACUGCUCAGGCUAACCUGGCUUUUUCUCCUGGGCUUCCGGCCUUAGAACUGGCCUGUGUCAUGUUGUCUGAACAAGUGGCUGCUGUGUGGGGUCCUUGAGGCCUGCAGGUGUCCUUUGUCCUGCUGGGGCCAGCUAUCACUUCCAGGAAGCGUGCUCACCUGGCAGGUGACGCGUAUGAGUGGUGACCCUGAGGACCCCUACUGGGUUUGGGUGUGCACCCCC